AUAUGACGUGAUAUGGAAUGGAAUGAUAUGACGUGAUAUGUAUGACGUCAUAUUGCAGAGUUCUCGCUGUGCGCUGGUCGGCCAUCUUGAAAAAUAAAUUGUGAAGGUCGUAUUUCCAGCUUUCCUGCGAGACGGCAGUUCAGAUGCAGUCGUCCUGUGUGUCAGAAAGCUGGUGAUCAAAAUGGUUGAAGGCAGUACCCAAGAAAGUACAUUUACAACUCUGUAUGGCUGGUCUGACCUCAGUGGAAGUUGUUCGUUUAAAUGGUUUCGGGACAUUGAAGUAAAACAACACGAGAAUGUCCCACCAAGAGUGAAGGGCUGCCUGUUUGCUUCAGAUUCCCAGUCCUCCUCGCUGAUGAUUUCUGAAGUCCUUACGCAGUCACCCCAGUCUUCAACCUCAGUUUGUACAGAUGAGAUGCCAUACACAGGGGAUCCGACAGAAGACAGCAGACAGAAUUCGUCGAUCUAUUUGAAAUGUCAUUGUUUAUUUGAAAAAAGUUACCUAUCCACACUUGCAAUGAAAAAUAGGGAGUGGCAACCUCUUUGUAUCGCCGUGGUCCGACAGUCCACACAGUCUUUACAAUGA